AUGUCAUCUGUUUACCUGCAGCUGGACAGGAAGAGAAAGUCCAACAGUAGAUUCUGUUCUGUGAGAGUAAAAGUGAGUGUUAGUAGCAACAAGCAGAAGUCAGACGCAAACUACAGUAUAUCCAGUUUCCUUGUAAUUGGUUUGGACUACUACACUGUCUGGGACAAUGGAUGACUACAUUUCCCAGAUGAAGCAGUUUGUGAAUGAGCAUGCAACUGGACUGACAAUUGUCACAGCUGUAGUUGCUGGGCUUUUCGCACUGCGCAGACAUAUGGCUGGUGGCGUAUGUCGCAGUAAAGCCCGACUGGAUGGCAAGACAGUGCUGAUCACUGGAGCAAAUACAGGGAUAGGGAAGGAGACAGCUGUGGACUUGGCCAGGAGAGGUGCGAGGGUGAUUCUGGCGUGUAGAGACAUGGUCCGGGCGAACCGUGCUGCGGAUGAGAUCCGGAAACGGAGCGGGAAUGGGAACGUGGUGGUGAAGCAGCUGGACCUGGCCUCCUUGAAAUCUGUGCGCGCACUAGCCGCUGAUGUGAAGGCCAGUGAGGAGCGUCUGGACAUUCUCAUCAACAAUGCAGGUAUCAUGAUGUGUCCAAAAUGGAAGACAGAGGACGGCUUUGAGAUGCAGUUUGGGGUGAACCACCUGGGUCAUUUCCUUCUGACCAACAGUCUGCUGGACCUGCUGAAGAAGUCGGCCCCCAGCCGAGUGGUCAACGUAUCCAGCCUGGCCCAUGAGAAUGGUAAAAUGCACUUUGAUGAUAUUCACCUGGAUAAAGACUAUGAUCCCAUAAUAAGCUACUGCCAGAGCAAGCUGGCCAACGUUCUUUUCACCAAAGAGUUGGCUAGGAGACUGUCAGGCACAGGUGUGACAGCGUACAGCCUCCACCCAGGUGCGAUCCGCACUGAGCUGGGACGGCACAUGACCCAGUCCAUGCCCCUCUGGAAGCUGAUGAUGUAUGCACCUAUGAUGCUGCUCUGGCCCCUCAUCAAGUCCCCGUGGGAGGGAGCGCAGACCACCAUCUACUGCGCUGUGGACGAGAGUCUGCAGAAUGUCAACGGCCUCUACUACAGUGACUGUGCCCCAAAGCAGGCAAAACUUCAGGCGUGCGACGAUGUUGCUGCCAUGAAACUCUGGGACAUCAGUGCCUCCAUGGUGAGACUGGCCUAAAAGAAGAAACUCCCUCUUUACCAACCACACACACAGAGACACACACAAACACUCCCCACUCCACACACAUCAUUUUUUUUUACUUUGAUGCCUUUGUUUAAUAUGACUUUUUAUUACAGAGGAUUUCUUGAUUUCUCAAGUGAUGCCAAUAAUUACAGAUAUAGUUUUGGUGUUGAACAUUACACAUGUAAGGGUUAUCUGUAAUGGAAUAAACAGACAAUGCAUCUCCUGGCAUGAUAAA